UCGCAGCUGCACAGCUGUCUUGCCUCCUGCGCUCAGGCGAGACGCGGACCAACGCCCAGCACACGCGCCCGCGCCCGCGGGACAAGCAGGGUUCUAGAAGGGUGCCGACCCUCGGGGAGAGGCGCUAAUGGCGCUCGCGUUCUCCACGGUCCCGUUCGCGCCCUCCAAUCCGGCGCCUUCCUCCCGCUCUGCCGCCGCCGCCGCUCUCCGCCCUCACGGGGUCCACUUCGCCGCCGCCGGUAGGAGCGGCGGCUUAGGGAUCCCGCUCGCCUGCGCGGCGCCGAGAAAUCGUAGGCAGCGGCGCGGUGUCCGCCUGGUGGUGUGGGCGUCGGCUGACUACUACGCAACGCUGGGCGUGCAGCGCUCCGCGAACAUCAAGGACAUCAAGGCCGCGUACCGGAAGCUCGCGCGCCAGUAUCAUCCUGAUGUCAAUAAAGAACCUGGCGCAACUGACAAGUUCAAAGAGAUAAGCUCAGCAUAUGAGGUGCUAUCAGAUGAGAAGAAAAGGGCGUUGUAUGAUCAAUACGGUGAAGCUGGAGUUAAGAGUGCGGUUGGAGGAUCUGCGGGAGCUUAUACGAGUAAUCCAUUUGAUCUGUUUGAGACAUUCUUUGGAGCAAACAUGGGUGGCUUUUCUGGCAUGGACCAGAAUGCAUUUAGGACACGCAGGAGGAGCACUACUGUUCAGGGUGAAGACAUCAGAUAUGACGUGAACCUGGGGUUUUCGGAGGCAAUAUUUGGAACAGAGAAAGAUAUCAUAUUAUCCCAUUUGGAGACUUGUGAUACUUGUAGUGGUUCUGGUUCAAAGGCUGGCUCAAAGACAAGAAUAUGUUCCACAUGUGGUGGGCGAGGGCAAGUAAUGCGAACUGAGCAAACACCAUUUGGUCUAUUCUCCCAGGUUUCUAUUUGCCCCACUUGCGCAGGUGAGGGUGAGGUCAUUUCAGAGUAUUGCAGGAAAUGCUCUGGAGAGGGGCGUGUUCGUGUCAGAAAGGAGAUCAAAGUAAAAAUUCCUCCUGGAGUUAGUAAAGGUAGCACUCUCCGUGUACGCGGUGAAGGUGAUGCAGGACCAAAAGGAGGGCCUCCUGGAGAUCUUUUUGUUUGCCUUGACAUAGAAGAGCCAUCAGAUAUUAAAAGGGAUGGUAUCAACUUGUAUUCAACUGUGUCGAUAAGCUACAUUGAAGCUAUUUUGGGUACUGUUGAAAAGGUCAGAACUGUUGAUGGAACUAGUGAACUUCGAAUACCUCCAGGCACCCAACCUGGUGAUGUAGUGGUCCUAGCGAAACAAGGUGUCCCGUCGUUGAAUAGGCCAUCUAUACGUGGUGAUCAUCUAUUCACUAUUAAGGUCAAUAUACCCAAACGUGUAAGUGGACGCGAAAGGGAGUUACUUGAGGAGCUUGCAUCGUUGACUAAUGGUGGUUUUGCCCGUGCACCUGUGAAGCCAAAGCCUAUACAUCAAGAGAGUGGAAGCAGUGUUGCUCAAGAACAAUCGGAUCAACCUGCUGAAGGGGAGGGUGACUGGUUUCAGAAACUUACAGAUUUUGCUGGAUCCAUUGCCAGUGGGGCAGCCAAGUGGCUGAAAGACAACCUGUAGCCUGUAAAUAUUUACUGCAGAAUGCAUUAUCUUCAACAUCCUGGUGUCGAAUCUGCAAAUCUUCAAUUCAUCCGAGAUGUUGCACGUGUUUUGUUGGAGAGGUUCAACUUUUAUAGGCUGCAAAGCGGCAGACGGAGAGUUUGAGUUCUGUUAACUAAUUUUAUUGACACCAAUUCUAUUUUUGGCAUUCCUUGUAAAGCAUGAGUUUUGCGGUAGUUGCAGUCAUUCCCGGGAGCAUGUAAUAGGUCUCGGAGCCAUGGCCGCUGAUAUUAAGGACUGAAGCUACAACCACUGUAAAUACAUAUAUUUUUGCUGUAAGACAUCUUGAUACACCAGGCAUUGGUUUGUUCGUUAACCUGAAUUCAAAAUA